UCGCUAUCGGAUGGUAAGCAGAUCGAUCGAGACUCCCACGAUGACUUGAGUUCCAAAAACUGAUUUCUCCUAGUGCCCUGAUUGGUGUUGGCCAGUCGAUGUGGCAAGUCAUUGUUGGCCGCGUGAUAUCGGGUUCUGGGGGUGCUGGAUUGAUGUCCCUGGCCGCUGUGAUCAUUACUGAUCUGGCGCCGUUGAGAGACGUAGCUUCGUGGCAAAGUUAUCUCAACGUCGUUGCUACCGUUGGCCGAAGUUUAGGCGGGCCUGUGGGAGGCUUUCUUGCCGACACGAUAGGUUGGAGAUGGUCGUUUUUCGGACAGGCACCAAUAUUCAUAUUCGCCAUGAUCCUUUGCGCACUGGUGCUUCCAAGCCUAACGACAAGACAAGGUCAAAUCGAUGCUGGAUCCAUGAAGGCUAAACUGGCUAGGAUCGACUUUCUAGGUGCUAUAUUCCUCGGCAGCGGGAUCUUAUCGCUACUUUUACCAUUAAGGAUUGCUGGACAAGAGGUGCCGUGGACAAGCCCUAUCGUUUUAUCGCUUUUGAUAAUAGGAGCUGUCUUGUUAACAUUAUUUAUCGUAACGGAGAUGCGCUGGGCAAAAGAGCCCAUAUUUCCGCUAAGGUUGCUUAGGAAUAGAGAUGUAGUCUUCAGCUACCUUAUCAUGGGUUGCCAGACGGCUGCCCAAGUUGGAAUGAUGUUCGCCGUCCCACUUUACUUCCAAGUUACCCAAAGGUCAUCAAGUACCGUCGCUGGGGCUCAUCUCAUGCCAGCUGUCAUUGGCAAUACCAUUGGUGGUCUUUUAACUGGGGCUUGGAUCCGGAGAACUGGUUACUUCAAAGCGCCACUGGUAUUCGCAGGGGUAGUCUCAUUCGUUUGCUAUGCGUUAAUGAUACUUAGAUGGAAAGGUGAAACUGACUGGGCUGAAUCAUUAUAUAUUUUCCCUGGCGGCUUCGGUACUGGCAUGUCCCUGAAUGCAGUUUUCGUUGCUCUCCAAGCGGCAAUAAAUCCCAUGGAUAGAGCAGUGGCAGCAUCGGGCUUAUAUCUGACAAUACCUAUUGGGUCGAUCCUAGGCAUGGCUGGCUGUAAUGCCGUGAUGCAGGGGAUAAUGCCUGCGGAACUGGCGUCGAGUUUACGUAGCCUUGGCAUAGAAGGGAUUGAGGCUGAGAAGAUCAUCAAGCAAGCUACUGCGCGAGUUGAUUAUCUCGAUGAAGCACCGAAGCAAGUAGCCCGAGUAGUUGUACGGGCGUACGUGCGCGGAUUCGAGUUUAGUCACGGUGUGUCGUUGUUAUGUUCAGUGAUGGCGACAACCGCAGCCUUAUUGAUGAGGAAUAAAAAGUUGGGUAGGUGAUAGAUGUAACGACCAAGUAGAAAUAAAUUUAGUCAUCACUCAAAUUCAACUAAGAAAUUUAAGAUUUCCU